AGUUGGGCAUAGAAUUCAAAGAAGAGUGAAAGAAAAAAUGGAGUUGAAUUUGGAGCCGAUGAGUCCAAAAGCCUUCUUCCAAGGAGAAGGUGGAUCCUUCCAUAAAUGGUUCCCUUCGGAUUUUCCGAUGAUUGCUCACACCAAAGUCGGCGCCGGCCGACUCCUCCUCCGUCCACGUGGCUUCGCCGUUCCCCAUAACUCUGAUUCCUCCAAAGUUGGCUAUGUUCUUCAAGGUAGCGGACUUGCCGGGAUUCUAUUCCGUGGAAGCUCCGACGAAGCAGUGGUGAGACUUAAGAAAGGCGACUUGAUUCCGGUGCCGGAGGGAGUCACCUCCUGGUGGUUCAACGACGGAGACUCCGAUUUCGAAGUCCUUCUCGUCGGCGACACCCGAAACGCCCUAAUUCCCGGCGACAUUACCUACGUCGUUUUCGCCGGACCCCUUGGAGUACUACAAGGCUUCUCGCCGGACUACGUUCAAAAAGUCUAUAAUCUAAACGGAGAAGAAACAGACGCGCUUCUCAAAAGUCAAACCAACCGCCUAAUUUUCAAACUCCGGCAAGACCAAACGCUGCCGGAGCCUAACCGUCAAGGCGACCUUGUUUUCAACAUAUACGACGUCGUUUCUAGAGACGAGGGAAGUGGGUCGGUGACGGUUGUGACGGAGAAGGAGUUUCCGUUCAUUGCAAAAUCUGGGUUGACGGCGGUUCUCGAGAAGCUUGAGGCCAACGCCGCCCGCUCGCCGGUAUACGUCGCCGACCCGUCGGUGCAGCUGGUGUAUGUUGCAAGCGGGUCGGGUCGGGUUCAGAUUGCUGGGUUUUUGGGGGAAAAUUGAUGCGGUGGUGAAAGCGGGUCAGUUGGUUUUGGUUCCCAAGUAUUUCGCCGCCGGUAAGAUCGCCGGCGAAGAAGGCUUGGAGUGCUUCACCAUUAUCACUUCCACAAGCCCUAAGCUGGAAGAGUUGGGAGGAAAAACAUCAAUUCUCGGGACGUUUUCCCCACAAGUUUUUCAAGCUUCAUUCAACGUGACAGCUGAGCUAGAAAACCUUCUUAGAUCGAAAAUAACAGAGGCGUCACCCAUCAAUAAAUAAUGCAUAAUUUACCCGACGGACGACAUUAUUAGCAUAUAAUUAGUUUUAUUA